CCGGAGAUCUAGGGGCUCAAGGGAGCUCAAGGGCGCAGAGCCGAACCAGGGGCGAGCUCAAGACGAGUGCGCCAGACGGCGUCUGCGUAGGCGAACGGUAAACGGAGAGAGGAAACUAAUACCUGUUAACGUAGUUCCAAGCGCUGUCUCCUUUUCGUUUUGGAGUUUGGCUGUCGCCUGCGUCUCCAGAACAGAGAAGCCAACGCCAACGCCUCCAUUUCGUCGAAUCCCCUCCUCUCUUCGUCCAUAAUGGCAAUUAUCUCAUCGCAUAGCGGCAUAGCGUCCCCACAGUCCCAAGGAAUCGGUGGAAUCCAACAAGUCCAACCGCCGUCUCAUCUCUCUGCUUCCCGGAACCUGAGUCCGAGAAGAGCCCGUUCGACAUGGACACGGAGCCGCUGCUGCCGGCGCACCUCCUCCACUCGCUGCCGGAGCACUCGGAGGUGUUCCACUUCUCCCCGCCGCCAUCCCCUUCCUGCCCAUCACCGGCCUCCUCCUACAAGGACCGCAUCAUCUUCGGCGCCCACCCGCCACCGCCUCAGCCGCCGCCGCCCCCUCCGCUUCCCCCGUCGCACUCGCACCGCGCGCACCGCCGCCGCAGCUCCGUGGACGGCCUCUACGAUUUUGACCUGCCUUCCUGCUCCUCGUCCCCGCCCUCGCCACCGUCGGACCCCGAGGACCCUUCCUCCGCCGCCGCUGCCGGCGCGUCCUCUCUCUUCGAAUUCAUCGCCAACGCCGCAAGCGCCCGCACCAACCUCCACCGCUCCCGCACCGCCCCAGCCAUGGCGCCGCUCAGCGCCGUGACGCUCGCGGCCGCAGCCGCUGCCGGGGACCAGGCUCCCGCGCCGCCCGAGCGCCCCUCCAUCGUGCUGCACACCUUCCUCUUCCUGCUCGCCUACCUCGCCCUCGGCGUGACCUUCUACGCCGCCGCGCCCGCCAAUUUCAGCUCCUCCGCGGGACCCACGCACCCCGUCGCCGACGCGCUCUACUUCUGCAUCGUCACGCUCUGUACCAUCGGAUACGGUGACAUCACGCCCGCCACCCCCGCCGCCAAGCUCUUCUCCAUCUCCUUCGUCCUCAUCGGCUUCGGCUUCGUUGACAUCCUCCUCUCCGGGAUGGUCUCCUAUGUGCUCGACCUACAGGAGCAUCUCCUCAUCACCGCGCUCAAGAACCCAACCUCUGCGCGCAAGCACCGCCACAACUACAUCUUUGACGUCAAGAAGGGCAGGAUGCGCAUCCGUAUGAAGGUGGCGCUCGCGCUGGGCGUCGUGGCUGUUUGCGUGGGUGUCGGGGCUGCAGUUCUCAGGAGGGUGGAGAGCCUGGGGUGGCUCGACGCCGUCUAUCUUGCCGUGAUGUCGGUGACCACAGUUGGUUAUGGGGACCAGGCGUUCCGGACACUGGCUGGGCGCCUUUUUGCAUCCGCUUGGCUGCUCGUGUCCACCCUGGCUGUGGCAAGGGCAUUCCUCUACUUGGCAGAGAUGAGGAUUGACAAGAGGCACCGAGCCAUGGCCAACUGGGUGCUGUCCAGAGACAUGACCGUGUCUGAAUUUCUUGCUGCAGACAUUGACAACAAUGGAUAUGUCACGAAAUCAGAAUUUGUUGUUUACAAGCUCAAGGAGAUGGGGAAGAUUACUGAAAAAGAUAUCAUGAUGAUAUGUGAUCAAUUCCAGAGGCUGGACACAGGGAGCUGCGGGAAGAUCACACUUUCAGAUCUUCUGGAGAGCCAUCACUUGGUUUCAGAACCCAGGGAUAAGAAAAAGGGGAAGAAAUCUUAAACAUGUGUCAUAGUAUGCACAAGAAUUGAAGGGCAGUGCUAAAAUUUUGGGACUAGAAAGCACGCCAAAUGAGCAAGGGUGCGACAGGAGGCAUUCUCCUACACGGAAUGGAAAAGACGGAAUCCGCUGAAGGUAGGAUAGCUCCGUAGAAGUUGUAGGUGCGCUCCAGAUAUGAUUCUACCCUAGAAAUGGUGGAAGGAUAAUAACUGUUUUAGGAGGCGGCUGUAAAUAUGAACAUAAUUAUACAGGAUGGUCUAUUCAGAUUCUUUAUGUGGAUCAUUCCUACUCAUUUUUAAGAAUAUAUUUUUCUGGCCACACA